UCUUCUUGGGGCCGCCUGUCCCGCCCCAGUCCGGCCGGGCGCGCGAUCCCGCGGCUGCACCGAGGGCCUGGGUGUCCCGGGCAUGAGCGGGGCGUGGGGGGUCGAGCGGGCUCGGUGCCAGGCGGCGCUCGCGGUCCUGGCCUCGCUGUGCCGGGCCCGGCCGCCCCCUGUCGGGCUGGACGUGCAGACUUGUCGGAGCUUCGAGCUACAGACCCCAGAGCGGAGUCCGAGCGCGGCCGACGCAGGCACCUCUGUCGGCCUCGUCGCAGUCGUAGUUGUCGUGUGUGGCGUGGCCCUGGUGGCAGUUUUUCUCUUUCUCUUUUGGAAGCUGUGCUGGACGCCCCGGAGGAACAAGGAGACCUCCAGCCCCUCUUGUGCUAAGGUCCCCGGCUCCAGAGGCGCCAUGGCGGACAAGCUGAAGGACCCCAGCACCCUGGGCUUCCUGGAGGCGGCCGUGAAGAUCAGCCACACGUCCCCAGACAUCCCGGCCGAGGUGCAGAUGUCCGUCAGAGAGCACAUCGUGCGUCACACGAGGCUGCAGCGACAGACCACAGAGCCAACGUCAUCCACCAGGCACACGUCCUUCAAGCGCCACCUGCCCCGGCAGAUGCACGUCUCCAGCGUGGACUAUGGCCACGAGCUGCCGCCGGCCGCAGAGCAGCCCACCAGCAUCGGCCGCAUCAAGCCCGAGCUGUACAAGCAGAAGUCGGUGGAUGGGGACGACGCCAAGUCCGAGGCCGCCAAGAGCUGCGGGAAGAUCAACUUCAGCCUGCGCUAUGACUACGAGACGGAGACCCUGAUCGUGCGCAUCCUGAAGGCCUUCGACCUCCCCGCCAAGGACUUCUGCGGCAGCUCGGACCCUUACGUCAAGAUCUACCUCCUGCCCGACCGCAAGUGCAAGCAGCAGACGCGGGUGCACCGCAAGACCCUGAACCCCACCUUCGACGAGCACUUCCACUUCCCUGUGCCCUACGAGGAGCUGGCCGACCGCAAGCUGCACCUCAGUGUCUUCGACUUCGACCGCUUCUCCCGCCACGACAUGAUCGGGGAGGUGAUCCUGGACAACCUCUUUGAGGCCUCCGACCUGUCCCGGGAAACCUCCAUCUGGAAGGACAUCCAGUACGCCACGAGCGAAAGCGUGGAUUUGGGGGAGAUCAUGUUCUCCCUCUGCUACCUGCCCACAGCAGGCAGGCUCACCCUCACAGUGAUCAAGUGUCGGAACCUCAAGGCCAUGGACAUCACCGGCUACUCAGAUCCUUACGUCAAAGUGUCCCUGCUUUGUGACGGGCGGAGGCUGAAGAAGAAGAAAACCACCAUAAAGAAGAACACGCUCAAUCCUGUCUACAACGAGGCCAUCAUCUUUGACAUCCCGCCAGAGAACAUGGACCAAGUCAGCCUGCUCAUCUCGGUUAUGGACUAUGACCGAGUGGGCCACAAUGAGAUCAUAGGAGUCUGCCGCGUGGGGAUCAACGCGGAAGGCCUGGGCAGGGACCACUGGAACGAGAUGCUGGCGUACCCGCGGAAGCCCAUCGCGCACUGGCACUCCUUGGUGGAGGUAAAGAAAUCCUUCAAAGAGUGGCAGGGCCGCGCCGCCAGCUUCGACAGCGAGAGCUCGUGCCCCUCUCCGAAGCCACCUCCGACCCCAUGAGCCGCACGGCCGAGCCACACCAACGGGACCCAGCACCGUUCUUUCUGCACCUGUUCAACCGUCUAAACACAGCGCCGUGCCGUCGGCGCACCAGGGGCAGCGCGGGGCGCGGGGUCCUACCUGCUCCUGUGUAGGUCAAGGCCGAGACACUUGUCCUGCGCUCAGAUCUGUCUUAGUCUUUUCUGUCUCCCAAGGUGAUGUUUUUUUGUGUGCGUGUGGCUUUCACUUUUUCUGGAUCUGCUGUCAAGAAAGGAAGAAAAAAGAAAGUGGGCAAGAACAGAGUGGAGAGCCCGGAAGUCGGGUCAGUAAAGGACAGUGUAAAAUAGUCGUCUCUGGGGGAAAGGUGAUGUGAAUUUCUGCAAUGUGUGUCCCCAUCAAGUGCCACUACCCUGGAGAAGGAGGACGUGGGGUGGGGCUAUGGCCUCUUUCUCGGUGGCCUGCAGGUGCCCAUCCAUGCAAGAGCCUUUAUGAGACUCUUGGGAGCUCUUCGCUCUGUGACACCAGCCGAGAGGCGGACUCCCGGUCCCCUGUGGAAAACACGAGCGCCCUGCGGUGUCUGCGGACCUUCAGGGGGUUGGACAGGGCUCCUCGCCCCCUUCCCCAUGGACUUCAUUCGUGAUGUGAAAAGGUCUUGACCCCUCCUGGGAACUUAGUCACUUUCUUGAGGAAUGAUUCUGCUGAAACUCAACGUGCCCCGUGUUUUCACGCGCCCCACCGUUAAUGACCAUCUUUGUUUGGAAACGGGAUCUUUGGUCUCGAAAAUAACCUGCCUUGUCAAGGAGGCACGUGUCCUGGAGUGAUUUCUGUAUUAUACGUGGCUUUAUAAUUCCACAAGGCACCAAGCGGCUGUUUCAAAUGCCUACACAGGCCAGAGAAAACCCUAGGUAAAAUGCCUUUUCUGAAUGGGGAGGCGUGAAGUUCAUGGAAUAGUGGGAGCCCAUCUUUCUAGGAAGAGUCUCUUCUUGAUUGAGAUCAAGGCAGCUUAGACCUAGUUCAGCCCCUUUGACUCUGGGGCAACCUUCAUCUCGAACUUUAGUUCUAUAAACUACUGAGUACUUCCUUCUGUGUUUGUUUGUUUCAGUGGUGAUGAAGGGUUUUGUUUUUCUUUCUUUAGAUAUCUAGCUUAGGCCAAAUUCAGUUUAGGAAAAAUAUAUCUGAACUAUUCUGUAUUGUCAGAGCACAUCUCUGUUGAGUUGGCCUCCCCACCCGCCCCUGUAACUAGGUUGAUGUGCUCAGCUCAGUCAAUGGGGGAGGGGAGUUUCCCCUUGAACUUGUGCUCAGAGCCGUGUGUGACGUCCCAAAGGCAGGUCUGCUGAAAGACCCCUCCAUUCAACCACGGGAGGUAAAGAAUAUACAAGCUCCUCGCACACCGUGUCUUAUUCUUUAUAUGUCACGUACUUUAGGAGCUGCAACUCAAUAAAGUCACCCUCAUUUUAAGCCAAGGUACCAGGUUUCUCUGCUGAUAAUACCUUUGGGUAGUGUGUUCUAGUCCUAAAAAUGACCAGAUUGGGCAUGAGGUAACAGGAUAUGGUGGCAGAAGACAUUUUAAGCUUAGAAAAGUAACUGUAGAUAAACCCCAACUCCCCACUGUACUGAGCCUUCAACUUAGGGGCAACUGAGUCAUUGGUAUAAAGAUACAUUUUCUUCCCAAAUGUCUUGUGAUGGAUAGACAGGCCUUCCUAGUCAGGCAGUCCUGCAGCGGAUGUUCUCUUGAGAGCACGAGAAAAAACCCAAGGUCAUGGCAAGAUUCACAUCCAGCCAUAAACUUCAUUUUUCUUGACUGACCCCAUAAGAGGGCCAUGUCAGUCACUGAGCAGACGCUGUGGGUCCUGCAACCAUGAGGGGACACUUGAGUUUCCUGGGCCAAAAGGAGCCCAGAAGUGAGCUCAAGCACAUGCACAUCCAGCUGUCAUCCACAACCCGUAGGCAUGCCUGCUGUGUGGCUCAGUGGUUGACCGUCGACCCAAGAACCAGGAGGUCACGGUUCAAUUCCCAGUCAGGGCACAAGCCUGGGUUGUGGGCUCGAUCUCCAGUAGGGGGCGUGCAGGAGGCAGCCGAUCAAUGAUUCUCUCAUCAUCGAUGUUUCUCUUUCUCUCUCCCUUACUCUCUGAAAUCAAUAAAAAUGAAAACAAUUAAAACCUGCAGGCACUUGCAGAUAACCACUCUAACCUUUUGGAGAAGGGAGUGUGAUCGGUGUGAAACUUGGACUAAGUCCUGCUCUCAGCCAUCUCUCUUCUGUCCAAGCAGCUCUCACACAUGGUUUUGGAAAAUCCUUUCCUGAGCAGACUAUGGUCAGCCCCCACACAGCCUAACCAACUGCAGUCUUGGUGAGGUGGUAGAUUUCCACAGGCUGGGAGGCCCCCUCCUACUCCCCGCCCCUCCUCCCCCAGGUCCUCAGGGGAAACCGUUUCUGACCGGAAGCCUGAAUGAAACCUGAAUGUCUGCCAACUUCAUUAUCUGGCCCAAUAUCUCUCUCCCACAGACGAGAAUAAAAUGAAUUACAAGUUUCUGCAUAAAAUAAAACACAGGGUUGAUUCGUUUGUUAGUUUCCUCCGCCAUGAGAAACCUCCUGGGCUGCUCUUGUGAGCUUUGCUGACAUUGGGAUAAUCGCGGCCUCGGCACAAAGAUGUUUUCUUUAAAACUGCACAGCUCCCUGCUCCUUGACGCAGCAGUGUUCCUGGACUGAAACAUGCCUCCUCCCCCCCUCCCCCCUCCCCCCAUACUCGGGAUGUUAAUUAAUUGCAUCGUCAUUUAAAAAAUUAUGUUGUUAAUUACUGCCUCGCAUCUCCCUACCCCUGUCACAGCCUGGAGUCUUUAUUCAAUUAAAUCUCUGUCUCUUGCCCA